UCAAACUGUCAGUGUCAAUUUUUACCACGCCUGUGCUUCCAAUUUCAUUGUAAAAAUUUGACAGUUAUUGGCAGUACUGAUUUUUGAACAGCUGAGGAUGUCGGGGUUAGCUACUUUUCGUGCACUGAGAAGGAUUAGGAUAAAUCGAAGUACACGAGAUUUUCUAAAAAGUGCGAGGGAGGAGCGUGUAAUUUUAACAAAUGCAGCAUCAAACUCUCUUCUCCUGCAUUGUCAGAAACCACCAUCUUUUCGGAAUUUUGCUACUACAAAUAACAACAAAGAUGGCAUAGAUGAAUCUAAUGUAGACAGCAAUACGUACGAACGAGUUUGCUCCGAGACAUUGGACGCCUUAUGUGACUACUUUGAGGAGCUCAUCGAGAAUUCCAAAACGUUGUCAUCCAGUGAUGUAACUUAUGGGGACGGAGUACUCACCGUCAAUCUUGGCAAUGAGAACGGUACUUAUGUAAUAAAUCGUCAGACACCUAAUAAACAGAUUUGGCUCAGUUCACCGACCAGCGGUCCAAAGCGAUAUGAUUUCGUCACAACCAAUACCAAAUUUGGACGUUGGGUAUACAAGCAUAACGGGGAAACAUUGCAUGAGCUUCUGCAGAAGGAACUACCAGAAAUAUUUAGAGGACAACAGAUUGACUUUUCCCAACUACCUUAUGGAAGCUAGAAAUAAAACACAAUAAAUGCGCUUAAAGACGUGCAUUGUAAAUAAAUAUUUACAUAAAAAAUA